GAUCCUGCGCUCUUUUGAGCGAUCGAUCAAAGCCUUUGCUCUCUGAACCGUGUCAAUAUAUCUCUCCCUCUAUCUCUCGCUCUCCCACCCUUUUUUUAUUCUGGAGUAAUUGGCCGUAUGGAGAAGAAGAAAGGGCUUGCGCUGCUCCUUUUGAUGGCCUUAUUUAGCGGUUUUUCCUCGGUUUCGGCCGCUUCGCCGGCAAAGCUGGUCGGUGGAUUCUUCGCCAGUGCAUUGUCUUCUCUUUUUAGGCGGUUGUGGUCAUUGACACCCACAGCCAAGAUUGGCAACGCGAUAUCCGGCCGCACGGCUAUGAAAUUCGAGAGGGGGUACAGUGUCGAGACGGUGUUCGAUGGCGGCAAGCUUGGAAUCGAGCCGUUCUCCGUCGGGGUGUCUCCGAGUGGAGACCUUCUGCUUCUUGAUUCUGUGAACAGCAACAUUUACAGGAUAUCUCCGCCAUUGUCCAGAUACAGCAGACCUAAGCUUGUUGCCGGUUCAGCAGAAGGGUACACUGGUCAUGUUGAUGGGAGACCACGGGAAGCGAGGAUGAACCAUCCAAAGGGAUUUACAGUGGAUGACAAGGGUAACAUUUAUGUUGCAGACACCAUGAACAAGGCAAUCAGGAAAAUUAGUGACAAAGGGGUUACAACAAUAGCUGGCGGGAAGUGGAAUAGAGAGGGACAUGUAGACGGGCCAAGUGAAGAUGCAAAGUUUUCUAACGAUUUUGAGGUGGUCUACAUUGGUAGUAGCUGCUCUCUUCUGGUUGUAGACAGAGGAAACCAGGCAAUCCGGGAGAUCCAGCUACAUUUUGAUGAUUGUGCAUGCCAGUAUGAAACUGUUCUCCCUCUAGGAAUUGCAGUGCUUUUUGCUGCUGGUUUCUUUGGCUACAUGCUCGCAUUACUGCAGCGACGAGUGGGAGCGAUUGUUUCUUCCAUACAUGAACCUAUAACUCCAAAAUCAAGCAUGACACCUAGUCCACAUCAGCAGCCAAGGAGACCUUCAGUUAGACCACCACUAAUCCCAACUGAGGAUGAAUCAGAGAAGCGAGAAGAAGAGGGGCUCUUCACCUCGAUUGGGAAGCUUGUUGCUGGUGCUGGCUCAUCUAUAGCACUGAUCGUUGGAGGAAUUUUCUCAAGUUCCAGAGGCAAGUAUCAUCAGCACCAUAACCAAUAUCAGCUGUGGCAACAAAGCCAGGCAAACUCAUUGCCAGUGCAAGAAAGCUUUCUAGUCCCUGAAGAAGAGCCACCACGAGUGGAGGCAAGGACGCCCAUCCCACGUAAGACCUAUGCUUUCAUGUCGAAGGACCCUGAGAAGCUCCACCAAUUACACCAGGGAGGGGCUUAUUUUAGUAGUUGGGAUGGGGAACUCCAGGAACAGAAGAGGCAGCAGCAGCAGUAUCUGCAUCAACACCGACGGUACUCGUCAGUCCCACAGGCUUAAUAUGAGCUGAGCUGUGUGAUGACAAGUGAGGAUGUCUUUGGAACAGUUAAGGAGUCAGAUAGCAAACGCGAGGCAGUGAAAUUCAGGGGUUUGAAUUAUGGGGAUCCAUGUUAUGAUCAAUAUGGUCUGUGCUUAAGGAUCAAUCAUAUGCAUUACUGUAGGGAGUAUUAGAUAUUUUUUAAAAACAUUUACAUGAUGACCUUCCUCGUGUCAUUGGUCUAUAGAAAUGCAGUGGAAAGAUGGAAGCUCUAGAAUCUGUUUAACGAAUGAAUGGGUUGAAUGAUGAAUGAAUGAGUGAAAGUUGAGCACUCUAUUCUGCCUUUUUUUUUAAAUGAA